AUGGGACUGUGCCUCGGGACAGAAGUGACGGAGGAGGAGAAAAAGGCCAAAGUGCUCAGUGCCAAAAUAGACCGAGACCUGUACGAGUUUGCCAAACGGGAGAUGAACGUGGUGAAGAUCCUGCUGCUGGGAGCAGCGGAGAGCGGCAAAAGUACUUUGGUGAAACAGAUGAAAAUUAUUCACAGUAACGGCUUCACCAAACAAGAACUCGUCAGCUUCAAGCCGGCGGUCCUGGAUAACCUCUUGACCUCCAUGAAGUUUGCCCUACACGGGAUGGGAGUUCUGCGCGUCAAUCUCGCAAACAGCAGGAACAAGGUACACGCUCACUCUGUGCUGUCGUGCGGCCGGUGCUUUGACGAGGAGCAGGUCUUGUUCCCGUUCGUGGCCCACGCUCUGACCUGUCUGUGGGCCGACCAGGGCGUGAACGCUGCAGCGGCGAGAGGAUACGAGUAUGAACUCAACGACUCUGCCCUGUAUUUCUUCGACAACAUGAGUCGAAUAAUCUCUCCAGACUACGUGCCGACGGAGACCGAUGUGCUGCGCGUGCGGCUGAGGACCACAGGAGUGAUAGAGACGCAGUUUAAAGUGGAGCACCUUAUUUUCAGGUUGUAUGACGUGGGGGGUCAGCGGAACGAGAGGAGGAAGUGGAUCAGUUGUUUCGAGGAGGUUCGGGCCGUGCUCUUCGUGGUGUCGCUCAGCGGGUACGACAUGAGUCUGGUGGAGGAGCCCUCUGUGAACCGGCUGCAGGAAAGCAUGAAGCUGUUCUCAUCCAUCUGCAACAAUGUUUUCUUCCGCUGCACAUCAAUGGUGGGUGUGGUGGUUGUGGCGGAUGUGAUGGUGGUGGUUGUGGUGGUUGUGGUGGUUGUGGCGGCACUUUGA